UCUGUUUAGUAACGAAACGGAGAGGGGAAGCGCUGAUAGACCCGUUGACCACUCGGAGACGGCUGCACUGAAUGAGUGAAGGCUGAAAGAAAAGGCGGGGUGUUCGGAACGUUUCGUCUGUAUCGCACGUGUGUUGACUGCUGUUGACUACUUGCUAACUACUGUGCGGUCGCUCACGGAAGGAAAAGGAUGUUUGUGUCGAAAAGUGAAAGUUGCAACGAGUGAGUGACUUUACUCUCACCUUUGCCGGAUAUUAUUUUUUGUGACCUUUUUUGUUGUUGUUGUUUCUCUAAGUAUUGGCAACGCUUAUUCAAGAGAUACCCUGAACUUCUGGACGGACCUGUGCUAUUGUGUGCUGGACCUGCGGAUUAUCCCAAAGUUUGUUCUCAUAGGUUUUGCCCUCAGUGAUAGCCUAUCUUGCACAUCACGGAAAAUUACACACUGAUGCUGUCGACGCAAAAGAAAUAUUGCCUGGUCAAACAUGUCGUUGGAUAACAACUGCCUGGUCACUUCUUUCAGAUCUGCCCGAUUCACAGUUUGAAACUUGUCCUACAGGUUGUAGAAAAGGAUGGUCAUUACUUCACGCUGAACAAUACUCGUCUCCAAGUGUGUCAGUGGCUGGAAACUAGGGGACACUGUCGUACGGUGCGCAUAGAAACAGUGCCUCUGAAAUCUGUUCCGGAGGGAAUAAAGCGUAUGAUGGUCGUUCCUCAGUCGGAAGCCGCGGUGCCGGCCAGCGAGCGUUUUAUGACCAUCACGUACGAACCGAUGGAAAGAAGACCCAGAACAGCACGAGAUGAUGACAACGAGGAUCACAGCGGGAGCGAUGAGUCGGGAGCUGACGACUCGGAUAGUUUUUGUGAUGAGUUUGAGAUCCGGGAGCAGCAACAGAGGCGGCGUCGACAGUCGGAAGAAUCGGGAGAGGAAGAGGACACGAGCCUGCUCUGACAUGGCUGGACUGCCGGACCGUACCGAAGAGUUGGUUCCUCAUCCAAGAGUGGCGUGGCCGUACCGUACUGAGGAGUUUUUCCUUAUCCGCGAGUGGCGUGGUCGCUGUUUUGCUCCAUGAUUUUUUUAACUUCAGCGAGGGCAGAUACUUAUUAUAA